AGUCACAUGACUUAGAGGAGCUUCAACAUGGCUGCCUCCAUCCUGGCCAGGUAACCAAGCCAUAGUUCUGAGGAUCAGAUUAAUGGCAAUAUCCGUCUUGGCUUUAUAGUUGAACGUUGCUUAUUUGAGCUAUUACAUACGCACCUUUUCUUUGUGUUACACGUAUUGUGUAGUUGUGGUUAUUUUAUCAGCAUGCAAAUUUAAAAAUAUGCACCAUCUGGCCACCUACUUCAAUUUUGAAAAAGCUGCAUGGCAAGCUAAUAUAGCAGCUUAUAUGCCUUGCAAAAAAAUUGGUUCAACAAGAAAUUUUCAUUAAUAAAUUAUAUAUUCAUCUGGUGUGCUGCGGCCUGUACAAUACUAAAAAAUAAUGGGAGCACUAGGGUUGGUUUGUGGUUUCAGAUGUUUUUUUUUAAUGAUAAGAGAUGAAUGCAGAAGUUGCAAAUCUGGGGUAUAUGCAGCAGAAGCUCUUCAUUUUUGUCACCAAUGUAUUUAUAACACUGCAAAUACCCUUUUAUGAAAUAUAAGCCUAAAUUUACUUAACAUAAAUAGCUAAGUUGUUUUUCAAUAUUUUAUUUUCACCGAAACAAAUUGACUUGCGGUUGCAGUUUACCACAGCUCUUAAUUUAAAUGAAAAAACAAACAAACAAAUCUUACUAUUGUGUCAUAUUUAUCACAUAUAUUGGCCAAAUCACUGACCAUGCUCAUAUACUUUUUUUUUCUCUUUUUAUUUCCAGUGAGGAACAUGUAGAACAUCAAACUGUUUAUUGUAACUACCCGUCCACGAAGAUUUUGCAGGAAGUGCAGGUUUCUACAGGAUUAAAUAAAAAUAGAAAUUAUGAAUGUGUUGAUUCAGACAUCUCUGGUAGCCUACCAGAUGGGUGGAAAAAAAUAAUAAAACAAAGAGGAUCGGGCAAAACUGCAGGAAAAUAUGAUGUGUUGUUUAUAAGGUGAGUUUUACACAGGUUUUAACUUUACAUAUCUUAUAACAAAUCACUUUUUUUUUUUUUUUAAAUGCUUCAUAUUUUUUUUUCUUUUUUUGUUCAUAGCCCUCAAGGAACAAAAUUUAGAUCCAAAUGUUCUCUUAUAAAAUAUCUUUCUAAAAACAAUGAAAUUGACCCUAAAGUGGAACAUUUUGAUUUUUCAUGCCAUGAACAGUUGCGACCAUGUGAAAGGGACACAGGGACAAUAAAAGAGAUCAAAAUGUCAUGUAAAAGGCAUAAGGCGCUAAGUACAUCAUUUAGAAGACAACGCCUGGGUAGCCAUCAUUCUGUUGAAUCUAUUAAUGUCAGCAAUGAAAUAAAUAAUAUGACAGAAGAUCUGUUGGCUUGUAGAGAGGAAAACCAAAUGGAAAUAAAAGUUCUUCAGAGAAGAAGGCUGACAAGUCAGAGGACAAGGGCAGAAAAAUGUAAAGAAGAUGGGAAAAUCAAUCUGCGUCGGAAAAGUAGUUCUUUUAAACGAGAAGCACUAACCAAGCUGAAACCAAGUGUCCAGGAGAGGGUUAUUAAAAAGAAUAGGACAGGAAAAAGAUGCAAAGUAAAAACUACCAAUGAUUCACUCUUAGGACCUGCAAUAGUAACAAGGCAACGCUGUAAAAAUAAGAGCACGGACGCUGUUGACCAGUCUGAAAGCAUCAACACUUCCAUGGUAAAAGCUGAACAUCUGACUGUCCUGUGUCAUUUAGAAUCUCUCAGCGACCCCAAGAUAGACGAAGAAACGAAUGACUCCAAUCAUGAUGACCAUAUCACUUUGACUCAAAGUAAGUCCAUGUAUAAAUCUUUAUUUUUGGUGUUUUGUUCUCUGUUUAAAAGUAUAAAAAAAAAUUAUAUAUAUAUAUUUUUUUUUUUCUCUCUAGACACUGUUCCAAGGUCACAGGUUGAGAAGCGUAAAACAAGCCCUUAUUUUUCCAGUAAAAUCCUGAAGGAAGGUUAAUAUCCUUAUUCAAUACUUUGAUUAGCACUUGUGGUCAUCAAUACCAUUUGUUGUAAGAAUAUCCUUCAUCAAACACAAAUAUCAAGUUGUAUGUAAAGGGGCAAUUUACUUUUGAGAAUAUAAACGGGGCUGUCUCCAUAUUUGUGGUUCUGUCCAACCUUGAAAGUAAUAAUUGUUUGGUCCAUAAGUUUUACUUGGUGCAGGGAAUUCAUCUACUGCUAUUUCAUCCUGCCUAUAACCACAAGGAAUCACUUUUAAAUUUCAGUACCUAGUCAUAAGGUGGCAAUGUUAAUUCUUGCAGCAUUCUUGUGUUUAAAUAUAAAUGCACUAAACUCUGCUUCUUUCCUUACAGCUCCGGAACCACCUAGACGAAAAGCAUUUUCUAAGUGGACCCCUCCACGAUCUCCUUUUAAUUUAGUUCAAGAAACACUGUUUCAUGACCCAUGGAAGCUUUUACUCGCCACCAUAUUUUUAAACAAGACAUCUGGUGAGAGUUUUGUGAUAGGAGCAGUGUGUAGUGCAAUGACUAGUAAAGUCAUUAAAGUCAUAUUCUGUGAAUCUUCAUGUGUUAACGUGUAAUCGACCCAAGUAGCACCCGUGCAUGCCUGUUUGAGGACAUAAGACAGAAUGUUUUGGAUAGUUGAAAACUGGAUAUUUCUCAACAGAUUAAUAUUAUCUUAAUUCACCCAGGACAUACUUGAAAUCUCAAUGUAUCUUUCCUGGUAAAAUAUUUUAUAAAUAAAUAAUAAGAACAAUAUUUUACAACUUAAAGAUAUAUCUGUUUGUCUUAGUGGAGUCGACAUUUUGAAUUUAUUAGACUUUAGUAAGUUGGAGAAGUUACCAAUUUUGCCUUGAAACAUACCCAGAUAUAAAGCUUUCAUUGACACAAGCAAAAUUCACCUUCCAUGUCACCAAGUUAGUCUUGAAUAGUGUAUAGAGAUCAGCCCCACAUGACAAUUCUAGAAGUUAAAGUUUAUUUUAAAUUUCCAGGCUUGUAUCCUUCCCCAUAGCUGAAAGGGCAAGCACCAUCAUUCUAACCGGAAUAUAAAGAUGGUCUUGCAUUUAUUUAUUACAUGCAGUAAGUCUUUAUAUGCCUAGACAGUACUUUUUCUUUUCUUUUUUUCUUUUUUUUAAUCAAUUGUAUUUUAAUGAAGGAUUUCAUAGCUAUAUAUCCAGUACAUAGUUACAACACAGUGAAUAAGGACAUGUAUACAGUCAUCGACACCGUAUGAUGAUAUAGUAUAGUAGGAGCAACUGAGGACUCAAGUUGGAGAUUAGUUAAAUCCAAUCUGGGACCUUCAGCUAACCAUAAGAUGAUAUGCAUGAGAACUGUGAAGAAAAACAAAUCAUACGUAACAAAGGUAUUUACAAAACCAUACAUAAAGGCAUGAACUAGUUAGAAUAGUACUAGGCAUCUACCAUUUACUCUGUUUUACGUCGGUCUGGAGUAGCACCCUAUGUGUGGUUGCGUUCCCCUCAUGUCUCCCUCCUCUCUUCUCCGCCCUCCCCUACUCUGCACUAUGUUCCCCUCGUUAUAUCAGUUCUCCCACACCCUCCACGUCUCCCUAAAUUUUAUGGUUGCAUGUACAGUGUCUGUGGACAUCCUCUCAUACACAUAAAAAAUGUGUACUUUAUUCUUUAGCUGCUGGAGGGACGGGCACAUAUGCUUUUUCCAUAGAAAGUCUUUUUUUUUUUUAUUUUAUUUUUUUUUUUACAACAUUUAAAAUUGUCUCUUGUUACAGGAAAAAUGGCAAUUCCAGCUUUGUGGAACUUCCUAGAAAAAUACCCCACACCCCAAGCAGCCAGAAUAGCGGACUGGAAGCCAAUGUCAGAAUUUCUCCAGCCUCUUGGACUCCAUGAACUGCGAGCAAAGGCCAUUGUCAGAUUUUCAGGCACGUCUUCCACUGACAAACCAGACUAAGACAUGGGCUUCCCAGCAUUUUCAUAGGUCUAUGUUGGUUUCAUCUCUCUCAUGUAUUCAACAUGUCUAUUACUUAGGUACUUUUUAAGCUAAUGCUGUGGUUCUGCCACAGGAAACGUGUUAUAAAGCAAAGCAGGGUGAAUUGCCAGUUAUUGCAUAUAUCAAAUGUUCCUUAGCUCAGAUAGAAAAUAGUAGAGGUAGGCAUGAGCACAAGGACACUCCUGGCACCAUAACCAUUAUGGCACUCUGUAGUGGUUGUGGUGCUUGGAGUGUUCCUUGAAACUGUCUUCAUCUCGAUUGCAGUUUCUCUUUACGAUUUGCUUGCUGAGUUUAUAUGCUAGGUAAAUCUAUAGGUAGAAGUUUAUAUAAUAACAUUUCCUUAAGGAGAGGAAGGAACUUCAUUCCAUAAUUGGUUCACAUGUUAUUUAUUUUUUUUUGUAACUGGUGAAGUUUAGUAAUGAUUGAUUUUUUUGCUCUUUAGGUGAGUAUCUCACUAAGAAGUGGCGUUAUCCCAUUGAACUCCAUGGAAUUGGAAAAUAUGGCAAUGAUUCUUAUCGGAUCUUCUGUGUAAAUGAAUGGAAAGAGGUAAUAUGGUUUAUUAUUGAUUUUUAAGCUUGUAAAUGGUUUAUAAAACAUAACCCAGCAGCAAACCAAUUCAACGGGUUAUGGGGCUCUGCCCACAGGCUUAUCUAGAGACAAAAGUGAGAAGUAAAAUAAAAAAGUAUAGAGAAAGAUGUUGGGAGGUCUGGGAAGAUUAAAAGGAUGCAGAAAGCUAUCUUAGACAGAAUGAAUCAUAAGCUUAUUACGAGGGAGAAUUUUGUAAUAAGGGAUGCUGACAAUAGACUUUUCUCAUGUUGCUUCUUAUGCAUACUUAAAAAAAAAUAAAAAAUAAAAAAGAUUCUGGUUACUCACAGAAGUCAGUCACAAGUUAAUUCGUCAGGGAAAAAAAAGUGCUUUAUUUCAAGUAAAAUAGAAAUACAGAAUGCCUAUCACAGAUGUCUUAUAUAUAUCAUAUUUUAUCCACUUGCUGGACUUAGAGGACAUACUCGUUUUCCUGGAUCUAUAGGGUCCUUGGGCUCCCCUCCCGCCGGGCUCUAGGGUGAGGAAGGGGUUAAUCUCUUACCUUUUUUCCAGCGCCGGGCUCCCUCGGCACUGGGGACUCUCCUCCUCCUUUCCCUGUCAUAGGCUGAAUGCACAUGCGUGGCACAAGCCACACGCACAUUCAGCCAGUCCAUAGGAAAAUCACAGUGAGAAGUGCGGAAGUGCGGAAGCGCCUCUAGCGGCUGUCAAUGAGACAGCUACUAGAGGCUGGAUCAACCCUAAAGUAUACAUAGCAGUUUCUCUAAAACUGCUAUGUUUACGGCAGAAAGGGUUAAUCCUAGAUGGACCUGGCACCCAGACCACUUCAUUAAGCUGAAGUGGUCUGGGUGCCUAUAGUGGUCCUUUAAAGGUAUGCUGUAGACAUCAAAUCAAUGUAAGCUUAAUGAAGCAGUUUUGGUGUAUAGAUAAUGCACCUACAGUCUUACUGUUUUAGCAAUAGACUUCAUAUGUGUAGAAAGCUAUAGCUUGUACAUUUAAUCAAUAUAUUGUGUGAUGCAUCGCUAUAUAAUCCUAUACCAUUGCACAUUGGCAUGUCACUCUCAACAUAUAGCGCACCUCCUUGAAACUCAAGCAGUGUCAAGUAGCACAUGUGUAUGUCCUUAAAGUUGAGAUCUGUGUAAGAGAAGUGUUAAAAAAAAAAAAAGUGGAGGAAUAAAUUACACUCUAAACUAUUUUUACAUGUAAAGGUUUAUAUUGAUUUCUUUCUGAUAUUUACAACAUCAAAUUGAGGGAAGCAGGGCCUGCCCAUCAUGGCAACUAGACGUGUCUCUGGGGAGCUCCCUGAGACACAUUGUACAAUUUGAAUUUCUGGGCUUAAUUAGCAAUUAUUUCUAAGUCUACUACUUACUAUGAGUUUUACUACCUGACAGAGCAAAUGGGGAGCAUACCCUGCAGUCCUCUCUAUCACUCUAGUAGUCAAAAUAUAAUGAGGCCUAACAGGUGCUGCAGAGCGGAGAGGCGACCGCUCUCGCACACAAGAGCAAGCAGAGCCCCAAGCAUGUUAUUGAUGCCCCACUGCCCGCCCCUUUGGACCGUAGGGGGUGAUCCCGGUCCCCGCCCAAAAGGCUUUCAUGACCCACCACGGAGCCAUGGCAGUACCGCAGAAGCCGACAUUCCCGUCAAAGGUAUCCCUAAGAUGGCGGACGCUGUGGAUAUCCUCACCCAAGGAGGAAUGAUAACCACUACUCUCCAGCGCCUUGAUGCCCUCUUCAAUGCUUUUUGGAAGAAGCUAAGGGCCAAGCAGUCAAUACCCAAGAUUGUAGCGGCUCCCCCACAGUCAUUCUGUCACACAAUAAGCCGACAAGCAGCGUUCAACAGAGGCCCGCUACGACCGAGAUGGCUGAGGAGAUAAGCAGUGAGCUGACAGGCAGCAAGCAGGCAAGCGGUGAGCCAGCAAGGUACAGAGCUAUACAGCUCCUGUGCGUCCUCUGUAUGGGUAUCAAGCGGAAAGAUGAGGAGAAGAGAGGAAAGCACUUACAGGUGCCAGAUCUGAUGUCUCCAACCUGAUUCUAGAGCUGUAGAGUGAUAAACAUGCAAAAUUGAAUCUACUGGUAUCCUAAUAUCAGCCUUAGAUCUGCUCCAUCACUGCAGAUUUAGAUAAUCAAUCUUAAUUCUGCUUUUCUGUCAUGCAUACCCUGCAGUUUAAUUGAUCUCUUCAUAGAGCUAAUUCCACAUUAUCUUGGUUUUUUUAUUGACUCUUGUUUUUUUUCAUAUAUAAAAUGUGCAGUGAACAACUCAAAUGCCAUGACAAAGUCGGUAGCUGUAAUGCUUGUUACCACUCUUGUGGCCAUACAGGCUUGUAUGCAAUUCUAUGUACAACAAAAAUAAAGAAUUUAAAAAUAAAUAAAUAAAAUCGUGAAAUUUGUGGUUAAAAACAUGAUUAAAAAUGUCAUAUUUACAAUGUAAAAACCUACCUCUCAGAUUAAAUGCAUGUUUUAUUUUAGGUGCAUCCAGAAGAUCACAAGCUGAAUAAAUACCAUGCCUGGCUGUGGGAGAAUCAUGAACAACUUGGCCUGAAAUAAAGAAUGUGUUUUCUGUAUUUUCCUUGUGACCAUUUUUAUACCGAUCUUUGUAUCUAUCUUCAUGUUUUGUUUACAUUGUAUUAACUCUUCUAGUGUGGCUGCUUUUAAAUAUUUCAUUUUAUAUUAUCACUGCACUUAAAAUCAACAAGCCCAAAAUAAUAAAGCUAAUGCUAUUUUUCAGAACAGAUGGAGUGCAGAGAUUUCUUUGCCUAUGAUCUACAUAUUUAGUCACAUUCCUUUAUGUGGACAGACCAAUAUAUUAAAGGGACAGUAUAGUCACCUGAACAACUUUAGCUUAAUGAAGCAGUUUUGGUGUAUAGAACAUGCCCCUGCAGCCUCACUGCUCAAUCCUCUGCCAUUUAGGAGUUAAAUCCCUUUGUUUAUGAACCCUAGUCACACCUUCCCUGCAUGUGACUUGCAC